ACUUGUCUAAUAUUGUGUGUUGCCGCGCUCACUCUUCAUACUCUAUAACACCUGUACUAGUAGAAAUACGGAUCAAGCUUCUUCUAAUCCUAUAUAAAUGGAUUAGUGUCUGUUUAGUUGAAUCAAUCGCAAAGAUCUACAUCUACACAUCAAUCAAUCAAAAAUAUAAAAUAUAAUUUCCUUCAAGUUGUUUAGGGAGAGAAAUGGCACAACACGUUACUAGCCAAGACCAGAUGCACCUAGUUGAUGAACAUGGCAACGGGGUACAUGAAGGUACUCCCAUGGGGUCCACCCCUACUACUGGUACAGUUACUCAUGAUGAUGCUAUGAAGAAAGGGCAUGAACAUCAGCAUGAGGGGCAACAACAGCUUCAUCGUCGUUCUGGUAGCUCUAGUUCCAGCUCCUCGGAAGAUGAUGGAGAAGGUGGGAGGAGGAAGAAGAAGGGCAUAAAGGAGAAGAUAAAGGACAAGUUGACUGGAGACACUACUCAUCAUGAUGACAACAAGGAAUUAACUGAUCAUCAACAGCCUCCACAAACCACUACUACCACUACUCCUUGUGCUGAAACUGAAGGAGAAGACAAGGGAAUGAUGGACAAAAUUAAGGAGAAGAUCCCUGGCAUGCAUUGAACUAUCAAUUCAUGAAUUGCCUUAUCUUCAUCACCUUGGAGAUCAGUUAAAACCAAGAGAUCUACUUUUUUACCCGUAUUUUAUGCACUGAGUGAGUGUGAGUCAAGAGUUGUGUUAUUAAGGUUGAGUGAUAUUAUAGCUGUCAUAAAGCAUGGUGUUCGGACUUUUCUGUAUGUAUAUAGGCUGUGCCAUGCCCCGCUUCCAUAUAAGAAGCAAACAUGUACGCUAUCCAUGCGCUUACUCCUGUGCAAGGAUGGCAUUCAUGUUGCUUUUGUGUCUAUGUAUGAUCUUGUGUAUAAUGUUCUCUUGGAAAUAAAUAUAUAGUCUAUGAAUUACUACUCCUA